AUGGGCCGAAAUGGACGGAAAAAAUGCCUCGAAGCCCUUGCCAGAAUCACCCUCCAUGCUGACUUGACCCAGUCACUCGAUCCAGAGGACCUGGUGGCUGGUGGCGCGCGAAGAGAUCCUCCCAGCUCCAGAGGGAGCAACUUGGUCGAUGUCAUCCACUCUGACUUGGUCAACUGCAAACAUCUGCGCGCCAGCUCAGGCUGCGAGGGACUGGCGUUGCGUUUGGGUAGGCGCGACCUCAAGGAUCGCCUCUACCAUAACGAUUCCCAUAGUGCCACCGAAAAAAGUUUCUCUUCUCAACAGCAACCACAGCAAUCGACCUGA